AUGGACUAUUAUCCGUCCUACACGGAUCUGCCACAUAUCGUCUCCAUGUCGUGUGCUUCUUCCCAGGCCUAUGAUGCCUAUGCUCCAGAUGGUUCUCUUCCGGCCGACCACCCUUUUGUGACCCGAGAGUCUCCCAUAUUUCAGCUAGACGCCGUGGAAUCCAAACCCCGGGAUGAUACCGUUCCCUCCCAAACAUGGUGGAAGGGCGAUGCGACCGCUUAUGCCAUGGACUAUAUGCCUCCAACUGCGUUGAACCCUUACCAUAACCGUUUUGCCUCUUGGAACAGCGGGCUUUCUACUGUCUCAGAACCUCAAAGCCCACACAGCACCAACAGCGGCAGUGUGCCAGCCAUGAGUUGCUACACGUCUCCACCUCUCCGGCAUGAGGAUGUCACCAUCUCUGCUUUAGACAACGAGGACGCAUCAUAUCCGACCCCAGGCAACCUAACAGUACCCAAUCCUCGCGCUUAUGAGGUACUGCCGGACAAUCACCUCUCUCCCUAUAGCGAAGUGCACUCGGACUUCGAUACCUGGUCAUGCAGCCAUUCUGAUCGCUAUCCUACUCCUGAGCAAGCCUGGGCCUCUCCCAUGCAACCCGAGACCGUGGCUGCCCUUCCAAAAUACUCGCGGCGAUCCAAGUCCCGGUGCUCAUCUACUGACCGCGUGCAAAAGAGCACGGCACAACGACGGCCCAACUCUGCUCCUGGCCGUGGCCGAAAGCGACGCGGAGCAACCAGUAACCCAAAUGAUGAUAAUUGGCCACGAGUGUUUAUUUGCAGCUUUGCUUCGUAUGGCUGCGAGAGCACCUUUGUGUCGAAGAACGAGUGGAAGCGGCAUGUCACCUCUCAGCACCUCCAGCUGGGCUUCUACCGCUGCGACGUGGGAAAGUGCAGCGCGCACAUCAAUCGCACCCGAUCAGGCCAUCUACACUCACCAUCCACCUCAUCCAGCUACCGAUCUGUUACUCCUCCGCCCGGCCAGCCCAACGACUUCAACCGCAAGGACCUUUUCACACAACACCAGCGCCGCAUGCACGCACCCUGGCUACAGUCGGGGCAGCGGCGAACCCCUAGUGAUGCGGAGCGUGCUGCCUUCGAAAACAGUCUGGAGCAAGUCCGCCGGCGCUGCUGGCAAGCAAUACGACAGCCGCCCGCCAUCAGCAACUGCGGCUUCUGCGGCCAGAGCUUUUCUGGUGAGGGUAGCUGGGAUGCUCGCAUGGAGCAUGUUGGGCGGCACUUUGAACGCGAGAAUCCCGAGCAACGUGGCUACGAGGGCGAGGACCAGUUCGUGAGAGAUUGGGGUCUCCAUGAGGGUAUCCUGGCGCUGGUGAAUGGUCAAAUUCGGCUGGCCUCGCUCGUACGAGCUGAUUAA